AGGCGUUUUGCCUCAGCCUCUUUUCACGAGCUUUUCGCCUGACAGCCAUGGAGGUGAUGGACACGCAAAUCAAUCGUGCCAUGGUUGGAGGUGGGUUGUCCCUGGCGGUGGCUGUUUUUGUCCUCUUCGCCUGGGCGCGGGUUCUCCUCCUGCGGGCCAAGUUGGCGAGGGCCCCGAAACCCGUGGCGCCGAGUUUGCUGGCCAAGGACCUGGUGGAUGAUGUGGUGCGUGAGGAGGAGCUGGUGGUGGUGCUGAGCUGCUACCGGGAGACCCAGGAGGAGUUGAAGCACAGCUUGGGAACCGUGGGGUUUCAGGGGACCUCCGCAGACGUGGCCUCCGAGUCCUCUUCCUCGCGGUCGGAGGAGUCUUCGGCGGCCGAGGUCGGCCCGGCGACGCGGCUCAUGAUCUUCCUGGACGGGCUGCAGGGCAAGGAGGAGCAGGUGCUGCAGUUGCUCAAAGGGUCCCUUCAGGGCCCCGAUUUUGAGAGCAGCACUCAAGCGCCCAGCAGCUCCGGCUCCGGCUCGCAGAGCCGCGCCUCGAGCCCCCGCAGCGAAGAGGCGUCGCCGCUGGCAAAGAUGGAGGUGGACUUCGGCUCGGACUUCGACACGCUACAGGCGAUGAUCGGCUUGCUGCCCUUGAGGAAUCCUGAGCGUGUCCACGGCUGCGUGCGGGUGCAGGGGGAGCUCUCAACCAGUGGCCGCGACGUUCCCUUUGAGCUGUACAUCAAGACGAGCUGUGCGCGGUCCAAGCGCGCCAGCCAGGCGCUGUGCAUGUCUCUGCUGAGUUCAGGAAGUGACCUGGAGAGCGGCCGUUCUGCAGGGCCUCAAGCGCUGCUGCUCUUGGACGGCGACUGCCGGGUGAAGGCUCUGCACGUGCCGGAGCUCUUCCGUUGCCUGCGGCAGCAGAAGCUGGCGGCCUGCGGGCCCUUCAUGCUGGCGGAGAAGCGGACCAGCUUCUGCCUGUUGGUCCAGCUGGUGCGGGACUGGGCCUCCCAGCGAGUGCUGUGGCUGGGCCAGAGCUUGUUCCGCUUCCAGGCCCCGCUCAACGGAUCCUGCGCCCUGUACUCCAUGGAGGCCGUGCAGGCCAUUCAGGACCACUUCUGCCGGGCUGUGCGGGAGGACUCCAUGAUGGACAACAUGCGGAUCGAGAUGGGGGAGGACAGUUUCAUGACGAACCUCGUCCACGAGCACGUCCAGGAGAAAUUGCACGGGGUGCACGGCAUCCGCUUCAUGCCGCAGUGCCACGCCAGCUCCUUCAUGCCCGAGACCUGGCUGGAGUAUUUGGCCCAGCAGUGCCGCUGGAAGCGAAGCCACCUGGGGAACCGCAGCGCCUUGCUGCUGAACCCCAAGGUCUGGUGCUGCUCGCCUGGGCGCUGGCCUUUUUGGCUGGUGCACGUGGCUUCCUUCCUGUGGACGCCCCACUUGGCCCCGGCCACUCUGACGCUGUGGUUCGCCCACCUGGCCGGCGAAGCUCUCGAGGAUGCCGGCCUUGCGAAUGGCGCUGCCGCUGGCGUGCAUGCCGCGCUGUGGCUGGCGAUCUGUGUGUACGCGGUGCUGUCUCGUGGCUCUGUGCCUUCCAAGCCGAAGAUGCACACGGCCUUCACGGGCUUUUUCAUGAUCCUGGGCGCCCUGCAGAUGUUCUUGCUGGCCCACCGGAGUGUCUACUUCCUGGCGAUGCCCCUGGCCAUGUCCGCGGCGCUGCUGCUGCUGCAGCUGCCCCACGGGUUGCGGGUGCCCUGGGCGGGUCUGCUGGUGCUGGCCGUUCCCUUGGCAGCCUUCGUGGAGCUGGUGCAGCAGCCGGUGGUGGCGGUGGCCAACGCGGAUGGGGUCAGCGCCAAGUGGGCCACACGAGAGAAGACGGAGGAGGCGGAGAAGCCGCAGGCUGCCAAGGCGAAGGAGGCGCCGGAGGAUUGGCGUGGGCACGCGAUGGCCAUCCGUUCCUGGAGUCGUUGGAUCUUGCUCGCCCUUUGGCUCUUUGCGAACUUUGCCUUGGGAGCCGUGCCUUUGAGCCUGGGUUAUGCUGGGCUGGCGGGCUCCGUGGUGGCCUCGAUGCUGGUGACCAACCUGCUGCUGCAUGUGCUGCUCGCACUGGUCUACUCCCUUUGGCUCGCCUUCUUCCGUGCCCGGUCAAGGGCUUUCGGGGAAAGGCGUGCAGAAUGUGGUGCCUAGCGGCGCAGGGUUUCUUUUUCCUAAGGCGAAUGUGAAGUGUGCUAAGUUUUGUUUACACCGAAAGCACGGCAAAGGCCUCGCGGUGUAACGCAUGCUAAGCUUGUUAGCAGGCCAAAAGCACUUAGCACCAAAGGCAUGAACAUAAUUCACGUGUGCUAAUUUGUUUAGCACUGAAUUCAAGUCAAAUUCCUGCCCCUUUAAAUUUCGAGCGUGCUAUUUACUAGCACCGCAAGAAAUGUGCCCAAAGGGAAUCUUCAAUUCGCACA